AUGUUGACAUUAUUGCUUGUGUUUUUUAUUCUCAUCGUUCAAACAUUCCACCCGGGCGACUGCUCGAGCUUGCUAUGCGGGCGCACGAAGGAGGUGGAGGUCGGGGGCAAUGUGGGCGCUGGGGCAGCCCUGGCGCUGUCCCUCGUCAGGCCGCCCACUUCCGGUCCCAGCGUUCCGUGUCAGCUGCGUUUAACAGCGCCAGAAGCGGCCGCGUUCACCGUUCGACUCAUUGAUGUAAAGGAAUCGCUGGCGGACUGGGAGCGCGGCCUGACGGACUUGCGCGAGAGCCCUGCCACGGGGGGCCCGGGGCGGAAAUGGAGCGGCAGGAGCCCCGCCCACGCCCAGGACACCGCCACCGAUGGUGCGGCGCCCGUGGCCAACGCCACCGACGCCUGCAAGAUGCUCAUCUACAUCGGCGACGCAAAGAAUCCAGUCUGGCGGCUGUCGCUUUGUGGCGGGAACGCGGCGCAAGUGGCGGCGAAAGCGGGAACCAGACUGCUCCCGCCGAAGAUCAGGAUUGUUUGGAAUCCACCCACCACGCCCUACCAGCACACCGAGAAAUUGCGGCUUGUGGUCACCGCUGUUAACAGCGGCGCGAUGUGCAACAACGAGUCCCAGUUCGUCUGCGGCGUGACCAGCCUCUGCAUAUCCUCGUACCUGGUCUGCGACGGCGUCCGCCACUGCCCGGGCGGCGAGGACGAGGACUCGAGCGCGUGCUCGCACAGGCGCGACCCGCCGCUGCUCGAGCUGCUGCGCCGGUUCGCCGCGCGCAACCAGGAGCUCCUCGGCCUGGACCAGCCGGAUGGGAUGACUAAGCCCUCCGUGAUAAGCGAUUUGAAACUUUCAGUGAAGAUCAGCGAGGGUGAGCAGAAGUCGAACGCGUUCAUGGAGUUCGCCGCGGCCCUGAAGCCGUACGGGCCCUGGAGCUACCUCGUGGUGGGCAUGCUGGUCUGCGCCACCAUCCUCAUGUUCUGUCUGGCUUGGGAAUGCUGCUGCAAGCGCUCGAAGCCGUCCGACACGCCGAUCAACAUUCCGCCGUCGUGCAUCGACAUGCCGCCGACGGUCACCGUGACGGCCGCCUCGCAGCAGCUGUUCGCCGCCCCCCUGCCCCCCACCCCGCCCGAGUACGAGCCGCCCCCCUCCUACUCGUCCCUCUUCCCGCGCGCCUUCAAGUCCUCCCCCACCCCCGUGCCGCACUGCUCCCACCAGGAGCCGCCGGAC